UAACUGACCUAACGUCUAUGGUUGAUGAAUACAUGGUUACCAACCAUACAGGAAUAGGGCGUCGUCAAAAUAACAGACUGACGCCUAUGGUUGAUGAAUAUAUGGUCACCAACCAUACAGGAAUAGGACGUCUUUAA